UACAUAUAGCAUUCCAAUAAGUAGUGUGUGUGUGUGAUUGCCUCGUGUUUAAAUGUGUAAUAUAAGUGUCAUGUAUGUAAUGCGCGUUGUGGAACUGUGUACCACAGAUUUACGCUUAAAACACUAAAUUUACAGGCUGCACAUCUCUGCCCAAAAAUGCAUACGAUUUGGAACGCAGAUUUGGAUUUAUCAACUCUGAGAAAAGUGCCACAGAAAAUCUAAUUAAAAUCAAAAUUUGGCUUCAUCCUAUCUGUAGUCCUUAAAGUUAUCACAAUUUCUACCUUAAAUAUUAACCAAUGAAAAAAACAAAUAAGACAAUAGCUAAACCACGACUGUAUUUCGAUCAAUUGUGUAUUGUUUUUGCCAGGCCAUGCGGUGGUGUUUCAGCUUUGCUCAAACCCUCGCCUUCAUGCACAUGGCCGUGGGCCAGGAGAAAUCUGACGGUGACCGUGCUGUGGGUGGCAUGCUGGUGUACCCAACUGAUGGCAGCCACUGGAUGAGCCUGCGUGACCUGUCCCUCGCCGUGUCUCGGCGUGGUCACAGAGUGGUCGUGGCAUUGCCCGCGACCGGUAAUCUGAUGGUGGGGGAGACGCCUGGGCUAGACUCGGAGACCUUCCCUGUGCCCCUUGUUGAUAAACAUAACUUGUUAGACACGUUUUUACGAGAAGUGGUAUUUAGAGAAACGGAUGGCGUUACAGAAUUCACCUUUAAGAGCUUGGAGAGCAUGAAUGAGAGGUGUGCAGUAAUGUGUGACAGCUUACUCGGCAAUGUUGCUGUGAUGCAGCGACUUCGUGCCCAUAACUUCCAGGUUCUUCUCGCUGACCCCAUGGAUCCAUGUGGAGCGAUUUUAGCUGAUGCACUGGGGCUCCCGUCAAUAUUUCUUAUGCGUGGUAUUCCAUGCAAUAUCGACUUAAAAGCUGCCCACUGCCCAGCACCAUCGUCGUACGUUCCCCAAAGUAUGUCAGGCUUCACAGACCACAUGAGUUUCACCGAGCGGGUCACCAACAUGUUUAUGGGUUUAAAGCAGGAUCACCUGUGUAUUGACUUCCUUCUGAAACGCUUUGAUGAGCUGGCCAGGCGCCAUCUGGGUCGGGACGUCACGGCCAUGGAGCUGCUUAGCAAUGCGUCCAUCUGGCUGCACCGGACAGACUUUGUCUUUGACUAUCCCCGCCCGACUAUGCCCAACAUGGUGAACGUCGGAGGUAUGACAUCCGAUGAAGCUAAACCUCUUCCACAGGAUUUGGAGGAGUUUGUGCAGAGUUCUGAGGAGCAUGGUGUGGUGGUGGUGUCAUUUGGAUCCAUGGUGUCAGCCAUUCCUUAUAGAAUAGCAAACGUUAUUGCAGAGGGCCUGGGCAGAAUCCCUCAAAAGGUUAUAUGGCGAUAUGAAGGACCAACUGUCGAAAAACUCUCAAACAACACGAAAGUGAUGCCCUGGAUACCACAGAGGGACCUCUUAGCCCACGCUAAGACUCGUGUAUUCGUGACGCACGGGGGAUCGCACGGCAUCUUCGAGGCCAUCUGCUACGGCGUCCCCAUGCUCGGCCUGCCACUCUUCGCGGACCAGUUCGAAAACGUGGCCCGCAUGCAAAGCAAGGGUGCCGCACUGGUACUCAGCAUUCACUCCCUCGACGCUGGCUCUCUCGCCUCGUCCAUCUCCACAAUCGCCACACACAAGAGGUACGGUGGUGGGGCGCUGCGUCUCAAGCGAUUGGCUGACAAUAUCGCACCGGUGGGGAGCUUGUGUAGGAAAGCCGUGCAGUCCCAUCGCACUCUGCCAUCCUUUGCCGUGUCUGAUUUUCUUAGCAGCUACAAGGAGAAGGCAUCACUUCUCUCGCGUCUGCACCACGACCAGCCGCAGAAGCCCAUGAACAGGGCAGUGUUCUGGGUGGAGUUUGUGAUGCGGCACGGUGCGGAGCACCUGCGAGUGGCGGCUCACCACCUCACCUGGUACCAGGAGGCCGGCUUUGAUGUGGCGGCGUUUCUGCUGGCAGCCAUAGUCCUGGUGACAAGCGUGUUCAUUGCGCUCAUCACGAUCUGCUGUCGCUGGCUAUGUAGGGCCAAACAUCGUGACGCCACUGUAAGCAAAGGAAUGGCAGCCUCUAAAAAACACAAAUGAUUUUAUCCGGAGCAAAAAAAAAAUCUAUAUUAUAUUUAGUGCACGGGUUAAUAUCUUCAAAAACAAUAUAAUUGUGCUGAUUUUGUUUUCUGAAGUUGAAUGCGAAUGUAAUUCCCUUAAAUGUGUUGUUUUUUUAAAUAGUGUCUGGCUAAGUUCAUUCGAGUGCUCUUAGCAAGUAGAUAAUGGCGACGCAUGGGACAUGGCUUUAGAGACACUUUGAAUGUUAGCGAUUGAGACUGGUUUUGUACGGUCAUCUUAUUUUGUAUUGGGUCGGGUAAUUGGUCUAUUGUUGAUUGCUUUCUAUAAAACUUUGACGUCACAAGGUGAUCAAGUGGACAGGGGUGUCUCAAGGCUCAGAGAUCCAACCAUAGUACCGGCAGUACGCACUUGAUGUUGAAAACUAAAUCCACCCUCAUUUACCCCUCGAUCACCUUGCACAAUGCGUCUCCAUACUCAUCUUUGUUUUUACCAUGUGGCAAUUCUAGAAGAAAAUGCACACAGUAAUUAGGCUAUUGCAAAUCUCCAUAGUCUUCAUUUCGCCUGUCCCUUGCCUCCAACUCUAUAAUGAGCAAUUGCAGAACGCAGUUAUCUUCCCCGUUAAAAAAUGAGCUAGUAUGUGUUUGGACAGAUUGUACUUGGCUUAAUCAAAUGCUUCAACGUAACCGAGAAUCACGAUGUUCCUGAAAAAGGGGCAACGGUGAUCUCGUGUGAGUUGCGUCAGUUGUCCAUUCGACACGCAUUAAAAAAAUAUAAACCCACAGUUUAAGCAGGGAUAUUGUUUUAACCUUUUUUUCAAACAACGUAUGCUUGAUUCAGGCAGCGGGCCAUUCUUUUGCCGAAUUGCCUUUAAAAAAAACAUCAAAGAAAAUGCUGUUCUUUAAACAUGAUGUGAGAUGAUUCGCUGCUUACAAUUUAAUGCUGUGAUUUUAUUUUCAUUAAAGAAACGUAAUAAAAAAAAUCGUGAUAAUGUAUGUUCCGUCAAUUCAGUGGUUGCAGACAGAUACAUCAGCACUUAAAAUAUUGAAAAAAUAUAUAUUUGGUAAUUGUUCACGUGACAUAAAUGAUUCACACAUCAUCAACCAUCAGGUGGUAGCCUAAUACAAUUGGCCCGAUUGAUGAGGCGAUUUAUUUAUUAUUA